AUGGUAGAAGUUUAUGAGUUUUGGACUGUGAUCGUUUCACUCAUAGUGGUGAAGCUAUGUCACUUGAUCUAUAAGUGGAGCAAUCCAACAACUAAUGGAAAGCUUCCUCCAGGGUCGAUGGGUUUUCCAAUCAUUGGAGAAACUUUCGAGUUCAUGAUAUCUCAUGACGCUUGUCAAUUUCCAGAAUUCGUGAAGAAGAAAAUCCUCAGACAUGGCCCACUGUUUCGAACAAGUUUAUUUGGAGCCAAGAUUAUAAUCUCGACGGAUAUUGGAUUGAACAUGGAGAUAGCAAAGACGAAUCAUAUUCCUGGUAUGCCGAAGAGCUUAGCACGACUAUUCGGGGAGAACAACUUGUUUGUACAGAGCAAGGAGUCCCAUAAACAUGUCCGCAGCGUGACAACCCAGUUUUUAGGUUCACAAGGUUUGAAACUGGGCAUGAUUCGAGACAUGGAUCUCGUGACUCGCACACACAUGGAGAUAGGAGCUAGGAACGGUGGUUUUGACGCCAAGGAAACAGCGAGCAAGAUCUUGAUGGAAUGUCUUGCGAAGAGAGUUAUGGGAGAAAUAGAACCAGAGGUGGCAAAAGAACUCACAAAAUGUUGGAUACAUUUUCCAAAGGGAUGGUUUCGAUUCUCGUGGAACAUUCCUGGAACUGGUGUCUAUCGAAUGAUCAAGGCAAGAGAGCAGAUGAUGAAAAUACUAAAAGACACGGUGUUCAAGAGAAGAGCAUCAGGAGAGGACUUGGGGGAGUUUUUCAGUGUCAUGUUUGGGGAUAUGGAAGGAGGAGCGGUAAAGAUAAGCGUAGAGGAGGCGGUCGAGUACAUAUUUAUUUUCUUUUUGAUUUCUAACGAAUCAACGCCAAACGUUCUUGCGGCUACUGUAAAGCUCAUAAGCGACAAUCCCAAAGUCAUGCAAGAAUUGAAGAGAGAGCAUGAUCGAAUUUUCCGGGGUAGGAAUGAGAAGGAGACGGAGGCUGACCUAACAUGGGAAGACUACAAAUCAAUGACUUUCACUCAGAUGGUGAUAAAUGAGUCGCUUAGGCUCACAAGCACAGCACCAACUGUGCUUAGAAUAAUUGAUCAUGAGUUCCAAGCUGGUGAUUAUACAAUUCCAGCUGGUUGGCUCUUCAUGGGCUAUCCUAAUGUCCAUUACAAUCCAGAAAAAUAUGAUGACCCUUUAGCAUUUAAUCCAUGGCGCUGGAAGGAAAAAGACUUGACUGCAAUCCUCUCCAAGACUUUCAUUCCCUUUGGCGCUGGUUCUAGACUAUGUUUAGGAGCUGACUUCGCUAAGCUGAUGACAGCCACUUUUAUCCAUAAUUUGUUUAGAUACAGGUGGUCAAUGAAGACAGAGACUACAGUACUUAGAAGGAUCAUACUUAUGUUUCCAGGAGGAUCUGAUAUUCAAAUCUCAGGGGAGACCGAAAUGGAUAACUCUUCUGGUUAUUAG